CUUUUUCCCUGGCGACCUUGUUCGGGCGGCUGCUCAGGUCAGUCAGUCAGCUUGCAGAAUGCCACCCACACAAUACACCUAGGUAGGUACAUGUCAUUAUCCUCGAGACACAACCCUAGCAUGAGUGUCUCCAAUUCGGGACCCUGCAGGUGUGGACGGUUCAACGCCGUGCCGCCUAGCAUUCCCGUGUAAUUCUUAUAAUACAUCGAUGUCCUCUCUGUGGACGGUCACAAGUAUCACAUAUUCAAGUUCAUCUCAUAUAUUGCUAGGAGGAUCGUUUCCUUUUACGUUUCCUACUCUCUUAUUUCAUCUUUCAUAUUUCGUUGCUUUCGAUCAUUAACUCAGCUGUUUUCGGUCUCUUUUCUUUCGGCAUCAAAAUAGUAACGACUUACAUCCUUUCGUAAUCCGGCCCUCGAAUUGAUUUCGAUCCCGUGCCAACUCUCACCAAGCCGCCUUCCCAUACAAAGCCUCACACACACACAUCAAGAUGCGUUCCUCGAUAAUACUAGCGUCGGUACUGGGUGCCUUGACCGUCCUGGCCGCUCCUACAUCUCCAAGCUUGAACCUCAACUCGGCUUUGCCUGGCCAAGCCGAGACGGUUACGGAAUACUUCAACAUGCUGGCACAGAAGGUUCAGGAGGGUCGGUCUAUGGCUGUGGCUCCGGUCUGUGAUUUAUCCAAAGCAAAAAUGGCCAUUGCACCUACUCCUCUACCGGUUCCGGCUGAGGGCUUGAAACUGAAACAUGUGGCUAUCGGUCGAGGGACACAAAACUACACGUGCGAUGUCACCAACGCAACGGCAGUGCCGGCACAGACUGGCGCCGUAGCCACGCUCUUCAACGCCAGCUGCGUUGCCGCCACCUACCCGGACCUGCUCAACAUGCUGCCUAAGCUGGCAAUGUCGUUCAACCUGACCGAGGUCGAGCAGAAGAUGGGACCCAGCAAUCUAGCCAUCUCGGGCCAGCACUUCUUCACCAACACCACAACCCCGUUCUUCAAUCUCGACACGACCCGUGCUACGCUCGGCGAGGCUGGCUGCACCAAGGCCAACGCGACCAGCGCCCCGGCCAAUGCACCCAAAGGACAGCUUGGCGAGCCCGCCGUGCCAUGGCUGAAACUCGUCACACACGUGGGAGCCACGGGCAAUCUGCAAGAGGUCUACCGCAUUGAGACAGCGGGUGGCAGUGCGCCAGCGACUUGCAAGGGCAUGCCGGCAACGUUCGAGGUUCAAUACUCAGCACAAUAUUGGUUCUUCGAGGGCACAGCCGCAUGAUACACUGUCUUACCCCGACCCAACCUUGAAUCAAGCGAGAACGAGAACAAUGCCGAGCCACACAAAGAAAGCUGAAACGCAGAUAAUGAGCCGUGUAUAAUAGGGCAAAAAGGGAGGACGACGGGAUCGCGUCCGAGGGUUUCAGUUUUUAUACAUUCUUCCUAUGGCGUUUUGGGCGCUUCAAUUCUCGUCAUGGGUCUACGGACUUGUGCGAGGAUAAUAUAUCACUUGCUUUUCUAUACCAC